GAGCCACUCAUUUGAAUCGAAGGCAAGACGAGCAGCCAAAUCCACACUCUCCUCCCUCCCCACCCAAAAACACCAAACACCAAAAAAUAUGCACACCCAACCCCUCCAUUCUUCUUCCUCCACCAACUUCUCUUUUUUCUUCUCCUCCACCAUAAUCCAUGGCCAAGAUUCCACCCGAAUACUUCUGAUCCAUACUCUCUAUUCCUUAAUCUUCUUAUCAUCUUCAUAUUAUUUCUCUCCCUCUCCGAGACAUGACUCUUCCUUAUUCUUUUUCUUCUGCAAGAAACACCACUACCACCUCCCCAGAAGCAUUUUUUCUGCAUAAUUUUCAUCUUUAUCUCCCUAAACACCGUUGUUAUUUCUUAUGCAAUGACACACACUUCCGCAAGAAAGAUUCUUUGCUUUUCAAGUAUCAUUUAAACCCACUCCAUCCCCAUCUUCCCUUGUUGAGAGUCAAUAACUGUAAACUGACCAAGCCUUUUGCCAGUAUAUCCUCUUUUGCUGAAGCGGAUGGCGGGGAAGAGCAAAAGGAAGGAAUUCAGAUUGAGAAACAAAAAGGCGAAGACGAUGACUUGCCUGGAAUGGCUCAAGCAUUUCAUAUAUCUUCUAGCACUGCGUCAGCUAUCUCGAUAUGCAUAGCAUUUGCGGCUCUCACCCUUCCAUUUUUCAUGAAAUCGUUGGCUCAGAGCUUGGACUUGAGGACCAAAUUGAUGUCAUACGCGACAAUAUUACUCGGGUUUUACAUGGCCUGGAAUAUUGGAGCCAACGAUGUGGCCAACGCUAUGGGUACUUCGGUUGGCUCAGGUGCAUUAACACUGCGUCAAGCUGUGGUUACAGCCGCAAUUUUGGAGUUCUCUGGGGCACUGUUGAUGGGGAGUCAUGUCACCGGCACAAUGCAGAAGGGAAUUCUAGUUGCUAGUGUCUUCCAGGGGAAGGAUACUUUGCUUUUUACUGGCUUGCUCUCUUCGCUAGCUUCUGCUGGAGUUUGGUUGCAGGUGGCAUCUUAUUAUGGAUGGCCUGUCUCCACAACACACUGUAUAGUGGGAUCCAUGGUUGGAUUUGGUCUUGUCUAUGGAGGAGCUGGUGCUGUAUUCUGGAGUUCACUGGCAAGGGUGACUUCAUCGUGGGUGAUCUCACCUUUAAUGGGAGCAUUGGCUUCAUUUCUUGUCUACAAAUGCAUCCGUAGGUUUGUCUACAGUGCUCCAAAUCCAGGACAAGCAGCGGCAGCAGCUGCGCCCAUAGCUGUUUUUCUGGGUGUAACUGGGAUUUCAUUCGCAGCAUUUCCUCUUAGCAAGAAUUUUCCUGUAGCUCUGGUUCAGGCCUUAGCCUGUGGUGCCACUGGUGCAGUCCUAGUUGAUAGAAUUAUCCGAAAACAGCUUGGUCAUCUCCUUGCCAAAUCAACUUCAUCACAACAAGAGACCAAAGAGAAUACCACCCGGCAUAAAAACCUUGGAUUGCUCUCUGACAUUGCAGGUCCAAAAGGCACUCAACUGGAAAUAGUUUAUGGGGUUUUUGGGUAUAUGCAAGUCCUGUCAGCUUGCUUCAUGUCAUUUGCACAUGGUGGAAAUGAUGUGUCCAAUGCAAUUGGUCCCUUGGCUGCUGCAUUGUCUAUUCUCCAUGGCACCUCUAGUGGGGCAGAGCUAAUCAUUCCAACCGAUGUCCUUGCUUGGGGAGGAUUCGGAAUUGUUGCAGGGCUGAUGAUGUGGGGUUACAGAGUGAUAGCAACAAUUGGGAAGAAAAUAACAGAACUUACUCCAACAAGAGGUUUUGCAGCAGAGUUUGCUGCAGCUUCUGUUGUUUUGUUUGCAUCAAAGCUGGGGCUUCCCAUCUCGGCCACCCACACUUUGGUGGGUGCAGUUAUGGGAGUAGGCUUCGCAAGAGGCCUAAACAGUGUUAGAUCAGAAACCGUGAGAGAGAUUGUAGCUUCUUGGGCUGUCACAAUUCCUGUUGGUGCUACCUUAUCAGUUAUCUUCACAUGGAUUCUCACCAAGCUUUUAUCAUGUCUAUUGUAAUGCCACAUUUUAAACGGGAUUGAUAUCAAAGGUUUGAUGUAUGUGAUUAAUUAAGAUCAUCUCACAUUUUUGUUUUUGUUUGCUUGGAUUGGCUCGUUAAAUUAACGUUUGAUGGGCUGAUUUAUUCCUUUUAAUUCCUGUUGUUUCUCUAUUUUGGGAUUGACAAGUCAGGAAUUCAUUUUCUUGUUUUUUCUUUA